GUGAUUGGUUUUGUUUUGUUUCAGUUAUAUUGGAAAUGUGAUGGUUGUCUUCUGACCAAAGAGCCCCCUUUUUCGAAAUUCAUCUUUUAUUCCUUUGGUGUGUGUCGGUCGCUUUCUUUUUUUUUCUUUUAAUUAGAAAAGGCUGCUGCGGUGCGCCUUGGAGCGACACCUGUGAAGUCACGCUGGAAACUGAGUCAUGAAUUACCUCAAGAGCAUGUUUGUAGGGGACACUCCAGACUCGGGAUCGAAACUCCCGCUCAAUAAAUCAGAAGACAGGUUGAGGAAGUGCAUUGCGGAAAUUAAGAGGGAAACUAGAGAAGAGAGGGAAAGGAGACUGAAGAAGAUUUCUGAAAUCAUUGCUGCGAAUUGUGACUUCCAACAGUUGAUGCUGUCUUCAGGCAUUGAACCAGAAGUUUUAUGCACAGGGAAACUCAUGGAUGAGGAUGAACCUUGGGAAUCAAGCACCACAUCAACCAUGUUCAUCCCAUCCAAUAUCCCAGGACUUCCUUUGUUGCUGUCAGAGUUUGAUGAAGAGUCCACAGAAGACUCAACCACUGUGGACACAAAGGACCUGAAGACACUGUUGGAAUCUGAUGAGCAGUUGUAUGAGACUGUCAAGGCCUUUGCAAGGGAACACCAUGAGGAAGUGAGGUUCUUCAUCCAAGACCAUGGAGACUCCACUUCUGGUUGUCAAGUGAGGACUGAUAAGGCUUCAGUUGUCACUAUUGACCACCAGGACCAAAAUGACAGGGCACAGAGUGAAGUGGACAAGGGAGCAGGGGACUUUUUCCCACUCACAGCCUACAUUACUGAAGCAUUAGACAUUGAUGAGGAGCCGGGUAAGCAAGAAGUGGUGAAGCAGUCCUCCAUUCUCCAAUUGGCCAGCACUCUCAAGAGACUGGUGUCUGAGGAGAACAUCCCCAGGGAUGUGCUAGAGGACCUGUUGGUGGAGCAGUACUCUGAGUGUGUCAAGAUGCAUCCAAACCUUGCCCAAGAAGACAUACAUGAGGAGGUGAAGGAGUCUGUCUUGAAGCUGCUCACUGGAGACCAAGACCAAGACCAUCAGACUGCUUCACCAUGUCUCUGGGACUCCAUAUCUCCUAGUCCAAUGCCAACCACUACCUCUGAUGUGAGUGUUAAAAAUCCUUGUCAUAUCUUUUUUAUUGCUGUCCACAUGAUUGCAGGGGUUCUCAAGUCUGACCAUGAAGAGGCCAAGGAGGAGUUGUACCAUAAGUCAGGUGUGCAAAGGAUGGAGUCCUCUGAUGAGGUGCCGGAAAGGGCUGCCAGCCAGGUGACCAUUGAUGACCCUGGCAUGGUGUCCCUGGGUGAGCCUGUGGAGUACAAGUUGGACACUAGUUCCAGCUCCGGCAAGGGAGCUGCUGACUCUCCCAACAGUGGUCAGCACAGUUCUAGUGACCAGUCUCUGGACAUUGGAGCCAUGAGCUCCUCAGAGGAUGAAGCAGAUGUAUUGGACUAUUUUGCCACUCCAACACCAGCAGCUGCCAGUGCUGCAAAAGUGCCUGAGAGGACUGAGCCCUUUUCUGUCAACCCCAAGGAUAGUGUGAGUGAUAAGGACAAGUCAAGUUCUCUCAGAACUGCCUCCUCAACCACUGUGGGUUCUCUGGUGAUGAAACCUGUGGUUCUUGAUGAGCCUGAGUUGGAGAAGGUGCACCAAAUGGUUGAGCAUAAACUGGAAGAGUUGGUUGAGAAAGUCUGUCUGCUGGAAGAAGACAAAUCAGAUGCUGAAGAACCCAUCUUGGAUGCACCUAAAAAAGAGCCUCCUGCAUGUUCCUCAAGUUCAAAGUUGCCAAGAAUCUCUGCUGCCACCAAGUCUGUGGACACUAUUCUCAACAGAAACAAAGGAAAGGUUGGCAACCCUGGCUUGAGCAAGUCCAUUGCUCACCUAGCAAAGCCUGCCAAUGCCAGCUCUCCAAGAACACCCUUGGCCAAGCAGCCAACCAUUUCCAGGACUGUUGGCAAAGUCACCACAAAGCCCUCAGGGUUGCCAAAAGCUGGAAAGACACUCCCAGUUUCUUCUCAAAGACCUUCAUUGGGAGGGUUGAAAAGAACACCAGCCACUAGUCCAGUGAAGCCCAAGGCAGUGGUGGCCUCUACAAGACCAGUUGGUGGAGAGACUGGAGUCAAGCCCAGGAUGCAACUCAAGCGCCCUCCAAUGAUUUCAACAAUGGGUACCAGGACUACAAUGGCACCCAAGAAACCCAUUAGCACUGAACCCAAGAGUUUGAUCCCUAGACUAAACACUCCUUCUCCCAAACCUGUGCCUUGGGAGGAUUGGAACAAGUGGGGAAAAUUUUUGCCAUUUCAUGGCCCCCUGGUGGGGAAGCCAGUGGGAGAAGUGACAGUCAACGCAGUGAGGGCUUCAGUGGGCGAGAAAGGGGGCGUGCCUGCCGAGGAGGAGGAGGCGGCGCUUGUGGCAGCAGCGACGCCCAGACUGGGAGGAGUCUCGUCUCCGUCCCCGCCCCCUGAUUGGUCGCUUCUCGCAUGCGUCCGCAGAUGUCGCGUGAUCAUGUCAAGGUGUCUGCAUGUGGAGGGUCUCACUGUAAUUGUCAAACAUCUUUUACAAACCUGUCCACAAGCCCGGCAAGUGUAUGGUUUCACCCCAGUAUGUAGUCGCAUGUGUCGCGUCAACAUGUCUGACCGUGUGAAUGACCUCUUGCAGAUGUCACACAAGUAUGCCUUGCCACUACCAGUGCUGCCACCUGCACUAGUAGUUGAAGCAGCAGGAGAAGAUGCCCCACUAUCAGACAACACCAGGUCUCCUCCUCCUUCACUUUCACUUCUGUCCUUGUCCCUGCUUAUAAAAGGGGUGGAGACUUGA